ACUUCAUGCUCAUUAUGUCUUAGAGGUGCUCUUUGAAACAAAGAGAGUCCUGAAGCAAAUGCCGAACUUCACUCACGUAAAAACUUCUCCCUCCAAAGAGUUAACAAUCUGUGGUGAUUUGCAUGGGAAACUGGAUGAUCUUUUUUUGAUCUUCUAUAAGAAUGGUCUUCCCUCAGGGAGCAACUCAUAUAUUUUUAAUGGUGAUUUUGUAGAUCGAGGAAAACAUUCCAUAGAGAUCCUAAUGAUCCUGUUUGUGAGUUUUCUUGUCUACCCCAAUGACCUGCACUUGAACAGAGGGAACCAUGAAGAUUUUAUGAUGAAUCUGAGGUAUGGCUUCACAAAAGAAAUUUUGCAUAAAUAUAAGAUGCAUGGAAAGAAAAUCUUACAAACCUUAGAAGACGUCUAUACCUGGCUCCCAAUUGGUACAAUCAUUGACAAUGAAAUCCUGGUCAUACAUGGUGGGAUAUCAGAGUCCACAGACUUAAAUUUGCUCCACCGUAUAGAAAGAAACAAAAUGAAAUCUGUGCUGAUGCCACCAAUUCCCUUAGUUGAAGACCAUGAUACUGACUUGAAGACAAAUAAAGUAGGUGCAACUCUUAUAUCUCGGGAACUCAAAACAAAUGGAUCCCUUUCUGAGCAGUUAACAAAGCAUGAAUGGGAACAGGUUAUCGAUAUUCUGUGGAGUGAUCCCAGAGACAAGAGAGGCUGUUACCCAAACACAAGUCGAGGAGGGGGCUGCUAUUUUGGACCAGAUAUUACCUCCAAGGUUCUUAAUAAAUACCAGUUGAAGAUGCUCAUUAGGUCUCAUGAAUGUAAGCCCGAAGGGUAUGAAAUCUGCCACGAUGGGAAGGUUGUUACUGUAUUUUCUGCUUCUAAUUAUUAUGAAGAAGGCAGCAAUCGAGGAGCUUACAUCAAACUGUGUUGUGAUAUGACCCCUCGAUUUUUCCAGUACCAAGUAACUAGGACAACGUGCUCGAGGCCUCUUUACCAAAGGGUGAAUGUUAUUGAAAGUAGUGCCAUCAGGAUAUUGAAAGAGAGAAUGAUUUCACGAAAAACUGACCUCAUUCAUGCUUUCCAACUUCAAGACUGCAGUAAAUCAGGAAAACUUUCUAUGGGCCAGUGGGCUUUUUCCAUGGAGAACAUUUUGGGGCUGAACUUACCAUGGAGAUCCCUGAGUUCUCAUCUGGUAACCACAGACAACAAUGGAAAUAUUAACUACAUGUCCAGCUUCCAGGAUAUCCACAUUCAGAAACCUGUGAAAGAGGCUCAGUCUACUCUAAUUGAAACUCUGUACAGAUACCGCACUGACCUGCAAAUCAUCUUCAAUGUCAUUGACUCUGAUCACUCAGGCCUGAUUUCCAUGGAAGAAUUUCGUGCCAUGUGGAAACUCUUCAAUAGUCACUACAGCAUUCAUAUUGAUGAUUUUCAAAUUGAUGAGCUCGCUGAAAGAAUGGACUUAAACAAAGAUGGAAGCAUUGACUUUAAUGAGUUUCUAAAGGCUUUCUAUGUGGUGCAUAAAUUGGAUAAGUUGAACAAAUCAGAUGGCAACCCUCCUUAACAAGAACUAGAGCUUUCCCUCCUGUAAACUCUUGGGCCCAAAUCACUGAUGCCAUCUUUCCAGAACCCUUGUAAUUCAUAAUCAGUAGUAGAGAAAAGUAGACCCCCAUUCAUACCAUGAGCAGAUGUAUAAUGUGGGUUUCUGAAGUCCCCAUGAAGCAGUAAUUGGUAAAACUAGAUUAAAUGUCAGCUGAUAGGAUUUGGCUCCAGUGUUAGGACUCACACAUUGCCAGGUAGAAACUGGAUUUGAGCCUAGUGUUGGCCUCUUGGACCAGGAGACCAGAGCAGUUUGGAAACAUGUUGAAAGGAACCCACAGAGCACCAGAGAAAAGUGCAACAUGUGUGAGUGACUGAGGGAUGGGAGGAGGAAUACCAAACUAUUAAUGGAAUAAAAUAUGUCCAUCUUUAAA